UGGAACAUGGCCGCAUGUGGAUCUCACUAGGGCCGAUCCACCCACACGGCAGCGCGCGACGAGGCCGGGGGCGGAGGCCACCUGCACGGCGCAGCUCGCCGGGGCCGGGCGUGGAUCUCACGCGGGGCGCCCAUGGUUUCUCGUUCAUCUGCGGCUGCUCCCUCAUCUGCGCCGGAGAUUUACGUUUUCGGAGAGAGACGACGCAAAUAUGCAUCCUAGUUUGGUUGGUACCCAAAAUGCCUUGCGCCUUCUGUUAGAGAGCAAUUUUUUUCAGCUAAAGCACUGUUCACAACCUAUUUUGCAUUUCUAUCUCGCUUUGCAUAAGCCGUUGGAGUCAGUCUAAUAGUAGUGAUAUCUACGGACCCAGUCGUCAAAUAAUUGUCGUCGGUCCUCCCUGGUGUACGCGCAUACAAGUCAAGAGAGCAGCAAGAGUAUAUAUAUAUAUAGAGACGUUCCGGUAGCAAGAUCGACACCAAUCAUCAGUACCGCCUGCAUCGAUCUGCAUAGCACAUGCAUGUACGUACAUCGAUCUAUCCAACACACAGCAAGCAAAUAGACUCAUACAAAUGGAGCUACUACUACUCUCUGACGAAGUUUUGGCCGUCGUGGUGCCCAUCGUGGUGUAUUGGGCGUAUUGUGGCCUCCAUGCAAUGCUUGGGCAGUCCAGGUCUCUGGCCAAAUACAGGCUGCACCCAAGCAGCCAUGAAGACAGCAAGAACCAUGUGUCGAAGCGACAAGUCAUCAGCAACGUCCUCACUCUGCAGAUCGUGCAGGUUGCCACGGUCACCAUGGUGAUGAUGUUCAAGGGCACAGAAGAGAGCGGCAACAGCAGUACAAAGAUGACCUCGUAUCUAAAGUUAGCCGGCCAAAUCGUAGUGGGCAUGGUCUGGUUUGACUUGUGGCAGUUUGGGACGCACCGAGUCCUCCACGCCAACAGAUUCCUCUACCGGAACCUCCACUCAUGGCACCACCGUCUCGUGGUUACCUACUCCUUCGGAGCUCUAUACGGACACCCCCUUGAGAGCUUCGUCACUGACACCGUCGGUGGUACGACCGCCUUCCUGGUGUCCGGCAUGUCGCCGAGGGCUUCCAUCUUCUUCUUCUCGCUCUGCACCGUCAAGGUCAUCGACAACCACUGCGGCAUGUCGCUGCUGCCCAGCUGGGAUCGCAUCAGCAUCUUCAACAACGCGGCGUACCAUGACGUGCACCACCAGUUGCGUGGUGGUAACUGCAACUACUCUCAACUCUUCUUUGUCGUGUGGGAUAGGAUUUUUGGGACUUACAUGCCCUUCCUCAUCGAGGAGAACAAACAAGGAAUGCUUCAGGUCCGGGCACCUGGCCUUGACUAUAGGAGAGUAUGCAACAAGUAGUAGUAAGCAGCUACGAGAUCACCGGUGAUAGUUUUAUGCUAAAUAGGUAUACAGAGAGUAUGUGGUUUUAUUUAUUUUAUAUUACUAUUAUGGUAAUAUUGUAAUUAAUAUUAUGAUUAUAUUAUAAUAAUAUAAUAGAAUAUAUGGGUUUGUUUGAAAUUUUUUUCAUGUAGUAA